AGUAAUGAACAAAACGCCAUAACAAUUGUGUUAUUUCUUGGUUUGGAAUAGACAGAAAUUUCUACAAUGACUUCUUCAUCCUCUUACACAUUAGUAGCUUGUAUCCUGCUGACAGCAUCAAUAUUGGUGAUUUGUGUUCAUAGUUCUGCAUUGAACUAUGACCCAUCUAAGACUUAUUCUUACCUAUACCACACUGAUAUUCUGCUCAAUGAUGCCAACAGUAAAAAGAGUAGUGUGUCCCAGCAGGAUGUUGGUGCCAAGAUAAUAAUAAACUUUAAUCUGGCCACAAUUUAUAAAGAUCAGGAUGUUCAGAUGUUUAAGCUGUCAAUCACAAAGGCCAGCUUGUCAGGGGCUACAACCCAAGCUCCUGUGGACUUGCUGCAUCUUCUGUCUGUGCCUGCCAUUUUCCAGCUGUCCAACAACCUUGUGAGCCAGCUGUAUUUAGCUGAUGAGUCGUCAUUCAGUCGCAACAUCAAGAAAGGUAUCAUUGGCUUGUUCCAAGUCCAGGACAAUGCAGGGGAGAGAACUGAGGUGGAUGUCAGUGGAGAGUGUCUGGUCAAGUACACCAACAUUGAGCCUGGUGUUAUUGACAGGACCAAGGCAGACUGUCAGAACCUGGAGAUAGCUGGUCAGUUCUCUACCAGGAAUAAGGCUCUUGGGGUGUCUGUGUAUAGCAAGUCUUCUACCCAGUAUCACCUGAAAAAUUCUGUCAUUGAGAGGGCUACAGGGACCCAUCGUGUCAUCACAUAUCUCAACAUUAGACCAUCAUUGAAUGGUGGCGCCACCUCUAGUCAAAGUCUACUGCUGGAAUCAGUCGUUGUAGGAAGUCCCACGUCCAGCAGUGCACAGGAGGCUCUAGACAAAGCUCAGGCAGAGGUCCAAUCUUCUUAUACCAUAUCUCUACUGCCUAGUGAGGAAGAGAUACAGCAAUGUACAGAAAAAUGCCAAACUCCAGAAUCGUUGCUGAGUAAAUUAGCAGAGGAUUUGAAAGCUGAGAACUUGGCCACACUCAAGUCAGCUAAAGCUUUUACUCAACUGCUCAAAAGCAUUAGGGUGGUGGGCAAGGAAACUCUUACUAAGCUGAUGACAAGUCCUGAUAGCUAUUAUGUAGUGCCCCAAUUAAUUGACAUAGUCACUGCAGCUCAGACCGAGGCCAGUCAGAGAGCUUUAUUUGAGCUCUUAGAUUUUCAGAGCGAGAGUUCUAUAGAACAUCCUCAAAGAUUUCUGUUUGCUGCAGCUUAUUCAUCUCACCCUUCAGAGAGUUUGAUAGCUGACUUGCUGUCUGUGCUAAAGAACCCACUUCCCAGUGCCAGCCUCAGGGAGUCUGUGCUGCUCUCUCUGGGUGCCAUAGUCCACACUUUCUGUCAAGUUGUGGACCAGUGUCAACUCACUGUAGUUGAGGAAUUUAAAAACAUUCUGAGGUCUGGGUUGGCCAGCUGUGAGGAUGAACCAUGUCGUCUCAUGUAUGUGCGUGCGCUAGGCAACGCCGGCCUGCCUGAAACCGUUGCAGAUAUUCUUCCACUAGCUGAAUCCCCAGCCAGUCCAAUGCUAGCUGCCACAGCCAUAUCAGCUUUCAGACGCAUCCCUGCUAAAUUUAUCAGCGCUCAGGUUAAAGAAUCACUUCUGCGAAUAUUUCACCAAAAUAAAGCCACUUACGAUGCCAGUGUUAGGUUGUCUGCCCUUGAGUUUAUUCUCGACAAAUCCCCGUCAGAUCAGGAGUUGAGAAACAUUAUUUUGUCAGCAGUUGAUCAGAGUGAACCAGAGUUUUCUACUUAUGUCAUUAACUUGUUGCUUGAUGCUGCUUCUGUGUAUCCAACAUUUGCAGAACAGUUGACCAGGGUCCUACAGGACAGACAACUAAACAACUACAACCUUUGGGCCCAGCGAGGGAAGUCCAGUGUCCUAACUAGUUAUUUGGCCAAAAUGAAAGAUGUGAAUACCACCUACAACUUGUUCUUUGAAAACUCUGCCUCUGGUGUCAUGAAGAGAAGUGGGAUGUUGGUCAGUCUGAUUGGGAAAUCAAUUCACCAACCUUUCCUUAAGUUUGGGAUCUAUGCAGAUGGCUUGGACGCGCUGAUGGGUCAAGAGGUCGAGGCUGCCCCUGCAGACACUGAUGACUCACAGGAGGAGACCUCUUCUGUUGAGCCCACUGCAGGAAUGUCCUUCACCUUUAUGGACGUCCUGCUGACACAAGUUGAAUUUUUCAGAGGGACUGCAGGGCUGAUGUCUGCAGCAUGGAAUGCUCCAUCAGAGUUGACUUCAGCUUUACAGGGAAACACUCUUCUCCAAGACCAUUCCCAGAAGUUUCAUCUCUCCAAUGGAUUAGUGCUGGAUACAGAUGUCACAGGUGUGUUGUCCAUGGAUUUAUCCGGUUAUGUCAGCAUCAGCCUGUGGAACAGAAACUGUGAGGCCUUAAUCAGAAACAGUGGUGCCAUCUACCUGGAAGGUUCCAUGCAGCUCAACUCCGCUCUGCUCAACCUAGGCCUGUCCUUCAGUGGGGAGGCCCAGAGCAACAUAGACUUCACAUCCAACGCAGAUUUCUAUCAGAUGCCACUCAAACUUUGCAUGCAAAUGAAGAGGCCAGAAUUUGAAUUUUUACAAAUGUUUCAGAAAAGAGAACAAAUAAACAAAGGAAAAACCAAGAAAUUUCAAAUCAAAACCAAAUCAAAAUCAUCUGGAGAAUCAUAUUUCCUCAACAAAGCAAAUUCUGAUGAAUGUCGUGUAAUGAUAACUGAAGAUUAGUUUUUGAAAAUAAAAAAUUCACCAAGAUCAGCAUUCCUCACUAUUCAUGACUUCAUAAACAUGUUUUUUGAGUAUGAUUAUGUGAUUGUUUAGAUGAGCAAUUCAUGUUAGCAAGGAGGUAAAUGUGGUUAGCUUAUAUAUGUGGUUAGCUUAUGUAUACAUGGUUGUAAAAGUGUGAGUCUGAGUGACUAUAUCUGUAUGUUGGCAGUUUAUUUGGUCAGUUUAUGUUGAGCAACAUGUCACAAAGGUUUCUAAGAGUGGGUUUUAAGUGAACAAUUCUAUAAAAAUACAGUCAGAGAUUUGUCUUAAUGAUAUAU